AUGAGUCACAUCUAUGUCAAACUCGUGGAAAUCCUGGACCUGCCACACUUAAUUUGCUGUCCUGUGGACAACAUGUUUGGGGAUAAUGACAGCAAUAACACAAUGCAUCUUUUGCGAGAAAAGUAUAAUAGUUUUGCCCCACUGGCUGCUCUGAAAAGCCAUCUUUGCAUUGUUCCUGCGUCCCGCUCGCCAAAGCCUCCUCCGCUGCCGCCGACUCCGGCAGCUCCCUCGCCCGAGUCCCCCCCCCACAACUCCCUCGCUUUCUUUUUUUCGUCCCCUCGCUGCACCGAAUCAACGGCGUGCCCCACCACCACCACCACGUCAGACGUGGCCGUGGACACCAGCUCCGAGAUCACCACCAAGGACUUGAAGGAGAAGAAGGAAGUUGUGAAGGAGACGGAGAAUGGAAGAGACACUCCUGCCAACGGGAGUGCACCUAAUGAGGAAAAUGGGGAGCAAGAGGCUGAUAAUGAGGUAGAUGAUGAAGAAGGUGGGGAGGAAGAGGAGGAGGAAGAAGGUGAUGGUGAGGAGGAGGAUGGAGAUGAAGAUGAGGAGGCCGAUGUAGCUACAGGCAAACGGGCAGCUGAAGAUGAUGAGGAUGAGGAUGUUGAUACCAAGAAGCAGAAGACUGAUGAGAAUGACUAGACAGCAAAAAAGGAAAAGUUAACUCAAAAAAGGCCGCCGUGACCUAUUCACCCUCCACUUCCCGUCUCAGAAUCUAAACGUGGUCACCUUCGAGUAGAGAGGCCCGCUGCAUCACCAAGCUCUCCACCACCCCACCAAAACCACAUCGAGAAUUUGCAACAGGGGAGGAAAAUACCAAAACUUCCAAGGCCCUGCUUUUUUUCUUAAAAAUACUUUAAAAAGGA